AUGGCCGCUGUCCAGGACCCGGCCAAGGUCGAGGCUGGCCCCCGCCCGUCCAUCACGGGGAACGGCGUCCACAGGUCGCAGCAUGACCUCGUCGAGGCUGCCGUGGCCGCAGCUGAGGCCGAAGCUCGUCUUCCUCGCAAGGAGCUCUUUAGGCGCUACCUGCCUGCCGCCAUCUUCUCUACCUUGCUCUCCCUCGCCCUCGUCAUGGAGGGCAUGGAUGUCGGUCUCAUCAACAACUUCUUCGCCCACCCCAACUACCUGCAAAAGUUCGGUUGGCCCGAUUCCGAGGGCAAGAUGCACAUCUCGACCACCUGGCAGAGUGCCAUCGGUGCCGGUAAUAACGUUGGCUCUCUCAUCGGUCUGCUUCUGAACGGCUACCUCCAGAGCCGCUUCGGUUCUCGCAGGGUCUACAUGGGUGGCAUGGUUGCCAUGGGCUCUGCUAUCUUCAUCCUCUUCUUCUCCCAGAACGUCGAGAUGCUCCUGGCCGGUAACAUUAUCUGCGGUAUUCCCUGGGGCAUGUUCCAAACCCUGUCGACCGCCUAUGCCGCCGAGAUCUGUCCUGCCGCCAUGCGUGGGUAUCUGACCGCUUGGGUAUCCAUGUGCUGGGGUGCUGGUUCCUUCCUGGCUACUGGUGUCCUCCGUGGCUCGUUGAACCUGCAAGGUGAUGCCGGCUGGCGUCUGCCCUAUGGCCUGCAGUGGGUUUGGGUGCCUCCUUUGCUGCUCGUUGGCUUUUUCGCCCCCGAAUCGCCAUGGUACCUUAUUCGCCGCGGCAAGGUCGACCAAGCCGAAAAGUCUCUCCGCCGUCUCGCCCGCAAGGGCCACUACACCGAGGAGUCGAUGGCUGAGACGAUUGCCCUUAUGAAGCAUACGAACGAGAUGGAAAGGCUCGAAGCCGCCAACGCCUCGUACAAGGACUGCUUUAACGGAGAGAACAAGAGACGUACGCUCAUUGUUUGUAUGGCUUGGGUCGUCCAGAUGUUCAACGGCCAGUCCAUCACACAGUAUGCCGCCCUCAUGCUCAAGGCUGUUGGCAUGAGCACCGACGACGCCUUCAACUACAACAUGGGUAUCCAAUCCGUCAAUAUUCUUGCCACGGGUAUCGCCAUUGCUCUCAUGGGUAAGGUCGGCCGCCGUACCUUUUACCUGUUCGGCUCUGGUGGUAUCGGCGCCUGUAUGCUGGUCAUUGGAAUUCUGGGCUUCGCGACGCCCAAGGAGGUCCAUGCUGUCCCCGUGGCCGCCUUCCUUAUCAUCGUGCAGUGCGUCUUCAAGGUCUCGUUGGGCCCCACCACCUAUGUCAUCGUUGGCGAGAUGUCGUCGUCCCGCGUUCGCGCCCAGACUAUUGUGCUUGGCCGUGGUCUGUAUGUGUGCUGCGGUUUCAUCGUGCAGCAGAUCAACCCCCGCAUGCUCAACUCCGACUCGACCGCCUGGAACUGGGGUGCUAAGACAGGCAUGUUCUACUUUGGUUUCUGCUUCCUCUGGGUCCUCUGGAGCUUCUUCUUCCUUCCCGAGACCAAGGAGCGUACCUUUGCCGAGAUUGAUUAUCUGUUCAAGAAGAAGACGCCCGCCCGCAAGUUCGCCACCACACCCGUCGAUCUCUUCGAGUUUGCCGCCCCCUCGGACAAGUCCGCCGACACCUUUGGCCUCGACGAGCAGGUUGAGGAGAUUACUGUGGGCGAGAACAAGCGCACUACUAGCUAG